AUGUCGUUGUCGAAAUUCCUUUCAAGAUCAGCCGCACGAGCGGCCUCUACCUCAGCCCAAACAACCAAGGCCGCUGGUGAUAUCUCAUCAGUCUUUCCUAGUUUGAGGCCCGACUACAAGCCGGAGCCUCUCCCCGCACGGUUCCAGGAGCUGAAACAGAAGAUCUUUGAGAAGAAUAAAGAUGCUCUUACAAAGAGCUGGGAGAGAUUACUUCCUAGUUUGGAUCAGGAAGUGCAGAAGAUCAAGGCAAAGGGCAGCGACAUCAUCCCCUCAAUUGACUACUCCGAUAUACUCUCUGGAAAUGUGCCUGACGCGGCACUGAAAGAGGUCCGUCAUCGAGGCAGCGUGGUCGUCCGCAAUGUGAUACCGCGGGAGCAAGCCCUGGAGUACAAGCAACGCAUCCGCGACUACGUAGCGGCCAACAAGGACCGUGUCAAGGCCUUCCCAGCCGACUCCCCAGCUGUUUAUGAGCUGUAUUGGACUCCAUCGCAGGCCGAAGCCCGCGGCCAUGACAACAUGCUCAACGCCCAGCGCUUCGUGCAGCAACUGUGGCAUUCGUCCGACCCCAACAGCAAGAUCUCUACAACAAACCCAAUCACAUACGCAGACCGUCUGCGCAUCCGUGACCCAGGGGACUCAAAGUUCACUCUCGGUCCGCACAUUGACGGCGGAUCUCUUGAGCGCUGGGAAGACCCCGAGUACUCCCGAGUGUACGGCAAGAUCCUAGAGGGUAAAUGGGAGCAGUACGACGCAUGGGAUGCACGACACCGCCUGAACGCUAAUAUGGACCUCUACAACGGCGCUGGAGCCUGCUCAAUGCUGCGAUUCUUCCAGGCUUGGCUUUCCAUGUCUGACACAAAACCCGGCGAGGGCUCGCUGCACGUCUGUCCCAUGAUCAACCACAGCACGGCGUAUACCAUUCUCCGUCCGUUCUUCGACCUCGAGACCUCAAAGCCGGCCAUGGACGCAACCUUCCCGGGUUCCGUGCCUGGUGCUUGUCAGGAAUAUAACCCGAUCACGCAUCCCCAUCUUGAGCUGGAAUCGACGAUGGUUUCGGUGCCGGAAGUUGCGCCUGGUGAUUUUGUCGCGUGGCACUGCGAUUCGCUUCAUUCUGUUGAUAAGGAACACCGUGGAACGCAAGACUCCAGCGUUAUGUACAUUCCUGCGACCCCGCUGUGUGAUAUGAAUGUUGAGUACUUGCUUAAGCAGCGGCAGGCUGCCCAGAGCUAUUCGCCCCCGUGGGAUUUCCCCGGCGCUGGUGGGCCUGGCGAGUCGGGUUUCAAAGGUGCCAUGGAUUGGUCGUCGCUGAGUCCCCAGGGCCAGCGUGCUAUGGGAAUGGGCAAUACUCUAUGGGAGAUCACAGAUGCCAUGAGCGAGGGCGAAAAGGAGGCUGUCCGGUCUGCCAAUAAGGCCUGUUUUGGGGUGUAG